CAAUCAAAUAUUGGAUGGGUUAGAUGGCAUGGUGUAGGCUUUGAUUCGAGAAUAAUAAUAAUCUUGUCUUGGCUUGACUGGACUUGUAUUGGAUAGGUAGAUAUAUAUAUAUAUAUAGAGAGAGAGAGAGAGAGAGAGAGAGAGAGAGAGAGAGAGAGUGUGUGAUAUUGUAAAACCAUCUAUAAUCUAUCUACUUUGACUUGGAGUUGCCUUUGCCUUUGUGAUGAAUACAAGUCCCUCUCCCCUCCUAAUUCCCUUCCAUUCCCAAACACACACAUACCCUGGCCUUCCUUGCUUCCUUCCAGCCAGCCAGCCAGCCAGACUGCCAAUUCCAAACAAGGCUGGCAUGAUUCGGCAAGGCCGAUUAUUCCCUUGAGAUCAUAACAGAGCAGAGCAUAACAUAAAAGACCCCAACCCCAAUCAAGUCCACCGCAUCUCAGUUCUUCAACCCACCACCACCAUCACCAAUUCAUGUCCACGCUCGCGCCCGCGCCCUUCUUUCCUAGUAUUUCAACAACGGUAGUAGUUGUUGUUGCAGCAGUACUACUUCUCCUGAUUCUCUAUGCACCUGGUUCCAGAGGGCAGGGCAUCAUCAACAAUAAUACUCAAUGCCCUUCUUCGUCCUCUUCUUGUGGCAGCAUCCGAGACAUUCGGUUCCCUUUCAGAUUGAGGACCGACCCCAGCUCUUGCGGAUACAACAGCCCUUAUUUCCAGCUCGACUGCCUCAACGAUCGGCCUCUUCUCACCCUCAAUUCCAGGCGCUACUAUUACGUGCAAGAGAUCAAUUAUGAUGACUACUCCGUCAGGCUAUCCGAUCCCGGCGUGUUCAUGGGGCCGGGCAGAACAAACCUCUCUUCCUGCCCCCUUUACUCCAACACCUACGAUGAUUGGCCCGCCACCAUCUUUGCCAACUUCCUUGAUUUCAAUGUGCCGGUAGCCUUUAUCCACUGCUUGUCUCCUCCUCCGGUCAACUCUAAACAAUAUGUGAAGGCCCCUUUCUGCGGCAGCACGACCCGAAUCUUUGCAAAUUCUUCCGAGUUUCAUAGUUAUGCCUUGGUUGGAAGGUUUGUGGUGUCGGAUCUGGAGGAGCUGUGUACGGUGGACAUGGUGACUCAGGCCUCCAUCCGUGGGCCUAUGACCAUGAGUGGUGACAACUCUUCUUCAUUGGCGAGGAUUUAUGAUGGGCUGGCGUAUGGGUUCGAGCUUUCGUGGUUUCGAGUCCUUUGUGACGACUGUGAGAGGAGCAAUGGGUUUUGCAGCUUGGAAGGGAACGCCAUUACUUGCCGGAAGUACUGCAGUGAGGACAUCCCACUUUCUAAGUUGAGCUUUAAAUGUCAAUUCGAGUAUUGGGGAGUGAUAAUUGGAGCUUACGGUUUUUUGUCAAUUGCUGGCCUUAUUGGUCUGAGAUUUGUAAUUGGAUUCCCUCUUCUCAUGUGGCUCGUGGUGUACAAGUGGAGGAGACGGCAUUUGUCCAUGGAUGAAUCCAUCGAAGAGUUUCUGAGGAGCCACAACACUCUCACGCCCGUAAAGUACAGUUACUCAGAGAUCAAGAAGAUGACCGAAAAUUUCAACCAAAAAUUGGGUGAAGGAGGGUAUGGAACGGUGUACAAAGGAAAACUUCGCAGUGGGCCUGAGGUGGCAGUGAAGCUGAUGGACCAAUCUACGGCGAGCGAGGAGGAAUUCAUAAGUGAAGUUGGCACAAUCGGGCAGAUUCACCAUGUCAAUGUGGUGCAGCUCAUUGGUUUCUGUGUGGAAGGCUCCAAGUAUGCUUUGGUGUACGAGUACAUGUCCAACGGCUCCCUUGAUAGGUAUAUCUUCAACCAGCAAAGCCUAGACAUCCUUGCUUUGAAUUACGAGACCAUGUUUGAAAUUGCGCUGGGAGUGGCCCGCGGGAUUGGGUACCUGCACCACGGCUGCAACAUGCAAAUCCUGCACUUUGACAUCAAGCCGCACAAUAUAUUACUUGACGAGAAGUUCAACCCCAAGAUAUCUGAUUUUGGGCUUGCCCAACUGUACCCGGCGGGUGGCAGUACGAUAAACCUACCGGCUGCAAGGGGGACGAUAGGGUACAUGGCACCGGAGAUGUUCUACAGAAACAUUGGGAGCAUCUCGUACAAGGCUGAUGUGUACAGUUUCGGAAUGUUGCUGAUGGAAAUGGCGGGUAGAAGGAAGAGCAGGAACCCCCCUGCGGAAGAUGCAAAGCAAGUGUACUUCCCGUGGUGGGCGUACGAGCAGCUCCGUGCGGGGAAGGACAUAGAAAUUGCGGACGGGAUUGGGGAGGAGGAAAGAAGGAUGGCGAGAAGGAUUGUGAUGGUGGGGCUGUGGUGCAUUCAAAUGGCGCCGUCGGAUCGGCCAGCAAUGAACAGAGUGGUUGGCAUGCUUGAAGGUGAUUCGGAUAUAGAGAUGCCUCCAAAGCCAUUCGUUGCUCCGCGGGGCAUGGGAGGAGGAGGUGGUGCUGCUGCUGCUGCUGAGGAUGAUGGUGGUGGAACAUCAACAUCGAGAACCUACGCCGUAGAUUAUAUCAAUUGGGAUUUAUGAAUGGAUGAUGAUUAUUGAUUCUUGUACCAUGUAUGCUGCUAUGGAACAGCCAUUAGCUUGUAAAUGCAAAUGCAAUUGAGGGGAAGGGAAAGGGAAAGGUAGCUUGGACAGAAGAAGAAGAGUGUAUGAAAGAAGAAUUGAAGAUGUACGGAUAGAUAGAUUGAUAGAAACCCCUUUCUUUGAGGUUGAAAAGCUAAUAAGCAACUAAAAGCAUACAUUUGGAUUUCCUGAGUCUAUGUUCCGGACAGGACAGGACAGGACAGCCCAGCCGUGGGAGAUGAGUGAGAUGAGCUACCUACAGGCUACAGCCUACAACAACAUUAGCAAAGCCUCAUUUUGACGGAUAAUGGGCCCAGCCCAGCCCAAUACGAUAUCCGCGUAUGCACGAGGCUUCUCAUUCCUAAUAAUCUAUAAUCCACCUGUAACAACAACAAUAACAAUUCAUAAUAAUAAUUAUUAUGGGUUGGCUUGAUUUUCAGGGAUUGAGCUACAACCUAAAUCCAUUUUUUAUA